AUGUUGGCUGUUGCGAAUCUCAUGGCCUGGUGCUCCGGGCCGAGGGGAUGUGCGUUAACACGUGACGUCCUUCUUUUGGAUGCGGUGCGGUUGUGCGCGGGCGUGCCAGCACGAUCUACCGUGCGUCGAGAUGAUGAUGAGGUUCGGAUAGAAGAUGAUUUAAAUGUUGCGCCUGUUUUGCGUUCGACUCCUAGUCAAACGAUUGUGGCCGAGAGAGGAACUGAUCUUGGCCGUCAGGUUCACGGCCUGAGCUACAAGGCCGUUUAG